AAAAUAUUGAAAAUUGAAAACGUAUAUCAUCAGCCCUUUUCUCUGUCUCUCGACUCUCACUUUCUUCCACCGUCGGCGUCUCCCACAACCGCCGUUCUGGACUUGCUUGGAGGUAAAGUUGAGUUUUUUAUCCCAAUAAAGGGUUGCUGACUGCUGAGUGUGUCAUAGGCCACCUCUGUGAUCCUCUGUCUUUGACAUUCCAAAUCUCCGGUCACUCAUCGCUGCAGCUCAACCUUGUGUCGUUCAAAAGCUGGUACUCACGGUGGUUCUCAUCCCUUACUAGCGAUCCUUCUACUUCACCAUAUUCACCCAGUUUGAAAGUCUCACCAAACCAGUUCUGCUUGAUUGAUUGAUUGCUGGAUCCAUGGGGAAGAAAGGUAACACAAAAAAUCUCCCAAAAUCAGAAUCUGGCUUUCGAAAUCCAAUUACUUUAAGAGAAGAAGCAACCGGAAAAAUAAAAACAAAGCCAAUCACUAACACAAAGUCACAUUUGAGAAUUGAACACUUGAAAAAGCUUGCAGUAUGGGCCACCACUGACCCUCACAUACUGUCUUUGGCUGCCUUCUAUGGUCACCAUUUGGCCACCAUUUCAGAGGCCGCUGGAGUACCUCCUGAUCCUUCUUUAAUCACUUGUCAAAGGUGCGAAACUGUUCUUCAUCCCGGUUUUAAUUCAACUGUACGAAUUGAGAAGAAUAGAUCAAAGGUCAGACAUAGGCACAAGAAGUUUGGCAGCAUCGCCCAAAACAAUGUCGUGUACAAGUGUCAUUUUUGUUCGCAUCAGAAUCUCAAGAGAGGUACCGCUAAGGGACAUUUAAAAAAAAUAUGCCCGGCAAAAGACAAAUCAUCCUUAGAAUCAACACCUGCUACAAAACCGUUCAGGCAUGAAUCGCCAAAAUUAGAGAAACACGUCGUAAACAAAGAUGAAACCGGUGAAAAAGAUGUAUCUGCUUCAAAAGCUGUAGUUAAGGAGGUCGCCAGUUUGAAUGGCUCGGAAACUCCACCAAAUAAAAGUACACCACCCUUGUUAGAAGGAAAGAAGCGAAGGAGAAAUAGUUCCACUUCGAAGAACGCAAUUGAAACUCCAAGCAUGUCUGCAAGAGUAGAAGUAGCAAAAACUAGUACAUCAAGCAAAAGACGAAAAAAAUCUUGGACUAGUUUAAAAGAAAUUGCUCAGAGCAAAGAGCGUGAUAACAGUCGAAUUGCUAGUUUGGCAAUCCCAUUCUUUUUAUAACUAGGAAGAUUUCUGUAUAGAUAAUUUCUCUUUAGAUUGAGCUAUAAGUUUUUGUUUUCUCUGCCAAUUUCAUUUUCAAGCAAUUGUGUUGUUUUCGAUAUGUUUGACACUCUAUUGUAGGAAAACAGUAAUUGAUUUAAACCUUGACUGCAUAUUGGCUUCAAAAGUAAGUUUUCUUUUUGUAGUGAGAA